UCUUUACUAUUGUCUUGUGUGAGCUUCGGUGGCUUCUAAAGUGAAAAAAUAACACUUUUUUUAUUAAUUCAUUAAAUUACCAAUUAAUUUUUUUAUAUAAUUUAAUCAAAAAUUACCAAAUUGCUGCCUGCCUGCCUUGUAGAUUCACUCAUCUUGGAAUGAGAAGUAGCAAUCCCAUAUAUUCAACGGCUAACUAUACCGAUGUACAGCUCAAGGAACAGGGUAAUUGCCUGUUUGCGGCACGAAAAUAUGACGAUGCAAUCAAGUGCUAUACAAAGGCAAUUAUUAAGAAUCCCGAUGUUGCAACAUACUUCACCAAUCGAGCGUUGUGCUAUUUAAAGCUAAAACGAUGGGAUCUAUCUUGCCAGGAUUGCAGACGGGCCCUGGACAUCGAGCCGAAUAUGCUGAAGGCCCAUUUCUUUGCGGGACAAUCGUUAAUGGAGAUGGAAUUGUACGAUGAGGCAAUUACACAUUUGCAACGGGCCUACGAUUUGUCCAAGGAACUAAAGCAAAAUUUUGGUGACGAUAUAACAUCACAGUUGCGCUUGGCUCGGAAAAAACGUUGGCGUGCCUUGGAAGAUAAACAAAUAUCCCGGGAAAUUGAGUUACAAUCAUAUAUAAAUCGCCUUAUCAAACAGGAUAUGGAGAAACGUUUGUCCAAACUUUCCCUUGAGCAGGCGGAGAACUGCAAUGAGCUGGAGUUAAAGGAAAAACAACAGGAAAUUGAACAACAAUGUGAUGACUAUGUUAAGGAGGUAAACAAUUUAUUUGCCAAGGUCGAUGAAAAACGUCGAGAACGUGAUGUGCCCGACUAUUUGUGUGGUAAAAUAAGUUUUGAAAUUUUAACGGAUCCUGUGAUCACACCAUCUGGCAUAACCUAUGAACGUAAAGAUAUUGAGGAACAUUUGCAACGGGUGGGACAUUUUGAUCCGGUAACACGUGUCGAAUUGACACAGGAACAACUGAUACCCAAUUAUGCUAUGAAAGAAGUGGUCGAGUCGUUUAUUGCGGAAAAUGAAUGGUCCUUGGAUUAUUAGCAUGUGUUGAGUAUUCGUUUCGGACUUCUGAUUUUAUUGUUAUAAUAAGAAAUAUGUCCCCCCUCAAACUCCCUGAAAACUAUUUAUUAUAAACACUUUUGGCCAAAAACCCAGUGAAUAUUAGCCAAUAAGAAAGGGUUUUCGAAAUAUGUAUAGUUUGGUACAUACGUUUGUGUAAAUGUAAUUUUUGAAUCUUACAAAAUCGGUAUUUAGAUUAUCUAAUGUAAAAAGGAACCAUAAGGCAGACUUUGCAAAGGUAACCAGGUAAUCUAAAAAAAUGUGUGAUAAACAAUUUGUAUUGAAAUUAUUUUCCCUAUGAUUUUCGUUAACUAAUGAUGAUGAUUAAGAGAAAUAAAACCUUCAUAAAAAACUA